UAUGUAUGUACAUACAUACAUACAUAUGUAUAUGUAUAUGCAUGUAUAAAACAUAAUGUACCUGAAAACAAACAUUUACACAUGAUAUCGACUCAAUGUAUUUGUUAGUGUACACACGCAACGCUGCCAUAGCUAAAAACAGUGCGAAUUUUAGUAGCUGCCGCUGUUUGCUGGUGUGCGUGCGCGCCGAAUGGAACCUAGGUCAAUAUUGUUUCUAGUGCGACGAGAGAAAUUAUAAGCAGUCGACUUGCAGCAAUGGCUAGAUAUGCAUAUACAUAUGUAUGUACAUAAGUGAGCUUUUGGUGGGAGUUAAGGGAGCCACGAUAUCAACUAUACAGCAAAUAAUAUAAAAUGUUUGACAAAGGGAAAAAGCUGCCGAGCCUAGAGGCUCUCAAACGCUUUCACUCAUAUUUACGCUAGUAUAUCGAGAAAAAGAGCGAAAGCAGUAAAUUGGCAAUGCAAAAUUAAUUAACGCUAAUAUAAUAAGCUAAAAUGACUUGUUCCUAAAAUACCAUUAGUGUGUCUGACUGCUAUAAACAGUCUAACUGUUGCUUUCGUUCUUUGUUUUUUUCCUAAAACCCCUUACUCGUAGAUCAGCGGGGCACAAUGCGCGUGUGCCGAUGAAACAUCUACCAACAAUUUGUGUUAAACCCAAAUAAAAGCGUCGGAAAUAUCUCAACGCACUGUUUAAAUACUCUCACAUAUACUCGUAUACAUAUAUGUAUGCAUAUAUUGUCAAUGUAUUUGGAAAAACGUGAAUGCUGCUAACUUAAUGCAUAACGUAUUGAGUGCCUUGGCAAGUUUAACCAUACGCUUUAUCUACAAAAACAACAUUAAUAAAAAGUACACAUACACACAUGUACACCUUUCCACAUUAUGAGCUACAAUUUAGGUUCUAAUCGGAUCGUUGCUCAUUCCGAAACAAUUCCAAGACACACACUCGCCUAAAUUGUACCGCUGAAAGCACGCUAUAUCCGAAAUAGCGCAUAACGCCCGCGCGACUUCAACUUAGUGCUAACUGAACCUGAAGUGAAACGAGCGAACAACUUUUGUUAAUAUUUUAUUUUAUAAUAAUUUAACGUGUCUAGUACUAAUAAGUAAUAUCUAUGAUUUGUGUAUUUCAGUGUCAUUGACGUUUCUGUUACUAAAAAGUUCAGAACGAAACAAAUAAAGAAAACUUUUGGUGUAAAUUUAUAACACUCAAAUUAAUCAAAUAUAUUUUAAUACGUAAACAAUCUAAAAGCUAUAAGCUGACGAGUAUUUUACUUCGUGCAUAUGUGAUUUAAAUAAGGAGCACAAACUUUUCAACCGGACAAAGAAUCGAAAUUGCACCAAAAAACGGCUUUUAUGAGACACCAAAUAAAAUGGUAUAUCACCAAUCUUCACCACUGGUUAUUAAGACAGAGAAGCUUAAUCAAGCCCAAUUCUGCACCCCUCUACAGACAAGAACAGAAUUAAGUUCUGUUACAACAACAAGAAUCUUAGAAGCACAUCAACUGCAGCACGGCGCUCCGGUUCUAUAUAGCAACAACAGCAAUGUUACAACAAUGCAGCAGCAACAGCCAUUAGCGUCAACAUCAUUACCUCAUACAAGUAUUAUACCCAUAAAUGUGACACAAAUGACUGCAGCGAAUAUAAGUUUACCUGCCAAUAUCAAAGCAGAACCGAAUAUCGGCAUAUAUGGAACUGCCGUACCUGCCAGAACCACAAAUGCCCCCGCUACGACGUUGCAAGUAAAUGGCAGUGGCAACGUAAACCGCAAACUAACUGUCAAUAAGCCAAAAUUUAAAUGCGAACAAUGUGGAAUGACCUUCGGUAGUAAAUCGGCACACACCUCACACACCAAAUCUCAUGCGAAAAGCAAAGAUUUAGCUGGUGUUUCCGCGGCAGAGUCUACCAGACGGGCAGAAAUCAGCGAAACUAUUACGCCAGCGGGUAUACCAAAGAUGCCAAAUAUGACAGGUGAUCCAUAUCAAUGUAAUGUUUGUCAAAAAACAUUUGCGGUGCCCGCUAGGCUGAUCCGUCAUUAUCGGACGCAUACUGGCGAACGGCCCUUCGAAUGUGAGUUUUGCCAUAAACUAUUCAGUGUAAAGGAGAAUCUACAAGUUCAUCGCCGCAUACACACCAAAGAACGGCCGUAUAAAUGUGAUGUCUGCGACCGAGCUUUCGAACACUCGGGUAAAUUGCAUCGCCACAUGCGCAUCCACACCGGCGAACGGCCGCAUAAAUGCUCUGUCUGCGAGAAAACAUUUAUACAAUCUGGGCAACUGGUUAUACAUAUGCGUACACAUACCGGCGAGAAGCCCUAUAAAUGUCCCGUUGAGGGUUGCGGUAAGGGCUUUACCUGCUCCAAACAACUGAAAGUGCAUUCACGUACUCAUACCGGCGAAAAACCUUAUCAUUGCGAUAUAUGUUACCGCGAUUUUGGCUACAAUCAUGUACUCAAACUACAUCGCGUACAGCACUAUGGAUCCAAAUGCUAUAAAUGUACAAUUUGCGAUAGGACUUUUGGGAGCAAAAAGGAAAUGGAAGCGCAUAUUAAGGGUCAUGCCAAAGAGUUACCAGAUAACGAGGAUGGAGUUGCAGCUGGUGUUGUUAUUGCCGACAACACCAGCAACUCAGCAUCUAGCAGUUCGAGUGGCGAAGUAUCAUCAACACCGCCUUCGCCUUCAUCAGCUACUCCGUCCGAUGUCGCGCCUGUUAAACCGCGCAAAACCAAGCGUAGUCGCGUUCAAUCCAUAAAAAAAUCUACUUCUAACACGCCUAACCAUCCAUCGCCACGCUCCACAUUAUCGCCAAGCUCAUCACUUGCAUCUACAUCUCGUCUUUCAGAUGGUGUGCCCGAAUCCAUGCCCACAUCGCCACAAACACCACAAACACUGGAAAUCGACCAUCAGAGCCGCGAUAGUGGAGUAGAUAGUGCCAGCAAUAAUCGUCAAUUAUCCAUCUCUUUAGCCGCUAUUAAUUCGACUGACAACAAUGCACAACAUACCUUUACUUAUAUAAUUGAAGAUCUACCAACAGAUCUAAGUAAACAACCUACACCAGAAUUACAACAAACAACAACCACGAAAUUGUAUCCAACACAAAAUUCAUUAAACUAUCAUCAGCAAACAGUUCCACCAAACUACAGUUAUCACCAUCUACAGCAACAGAGCAUAGAUUUCGAUCAGUCUGAACUCGAACCGCCGACUAUCAAUCCGGCUUUACUGGAAGCUGCAUCUAUUGUGAGGCGACGUGAUAUGUUAGAUUCUCCACGUGAAGAGGAAGUUACGUUUGGGGGAAUACCGUUUAAGCAGACACGACACACGGAAAACCAAAACCAAUUUCAACCACAACAUAGAAGCCAUGAUCAUAAAUAUCAAGAGCAAAUGAAUGAGCCCGUUUACGAUAUUGAGCGCUCUAACUUGAUAGCGUCUCCCAUGCCAACGUCAUCGUUCGCAUCACAUCAACUUUCCAUUAGUCAUGAUUUAUCGCAAUACGAUGACACACGAGAGGCCAACGAGUUGAUUGAGCAUUACAAACGAGGAGAGCUUGCGCGACAUGGUCUUCACAAGGGAUACGCACCAGUGCCUAAGUAUGAGCCUUCGCUACUCAACAACGAGAUUGUGCGUCAAGUGGAAGCUGCAAUAGCGCCAUUACGUUCCUCGACUGAAUCGCCAGAACGUUCAUCAUCACCCGAGAGCGACUCCAUGAUGAUGGCCGAUCGUGAUGUAAUGACACUACCGUUGCGCAAACGUAAACUUUACAUGCACGAAGGAUCACCAAUCGAAUCGACAGCUAUAAAUGUGCCCACACGUGAAAUGGAAAAGACACUUGGCCAUAUUGGUCUAGCCUCGGGCAGUGUUGAACCAAACCAUGUCACCAUCGACGCGGUAGCCAAUGCUAACCAUGAAACCGGCGCAAAGGUGAUGCGUAUGAAUUCAGUUAUACAAUUCGCCAAAGCUUCAUAACUUCAAAUGAUCGCAAGUGACUUCAAAUGAUUACGCAAAAAA